UAUGUUGCAGGUUACUCCGCGGCGGCACUCCUGGCGAUUCUCUUCUGCAUCCCCUUCGCGCUCAGGGUGCUCAUCCAUAAAGAAACGGGAGGAUGGACCAGCUGGUCGCAGGCCUUCUACCAUGUCCAUCUCGAGCUCUUCCUCGGUAACGGUUGCCUGGGGGUUGGAGUAAUGAUGCUUCUGGCAUUGACAGUGGAGCGUUACGUAAGCGUCUGUCAUCCUGGACAACACACACGGCCACUCUGUGGACCUCCUCACCUAACAGUGGUGCUCAUACCACUGGCUACAUUUCUCGUUUAUCUGCCGAGCGUAUUUCGGGAUGAAAUUACGACCUGCCUGCUGGCGCCCGGCAGCCCCCUAAUCUACCAGAAGAGAGAGAAUCAGUCGUUUCUCAACUCGUGGUACUAUCAGGUGUACAAGGUGGUGCUGGAGGUGGUUUUUAAAGUGGCGCCGACGAUCCUACUCGCGGGAUUCAAUCUGAGGAUAAUGAUAGUGUACAGGAGAUCCUGCGAGCGACGUCGCAGGAUGACUUUAUCGAGGACCGUCAGCAACGACGAGGAUCCCAGAACUUUCGCCGAGGAGCGAAGGCUCAUCCUGCUUUUAGGUAGCACCAGUAUCCUGUUCCUCGUCUGCGUCAGCCCAAUGGUUAUCUUGAACGUCACUCUCAGCGAGAGUAAUCUCAGCCACUAUCCUUACCAGGUGUUCCGAGCGCUCGCCAAUCUGCUGGAGGUGAUCUAUUAUUCGAUCACGUUUUACAUUUAUUGCCUCUUUUCUGAGGACUUUCGCAACACCCUAAUCCGCACUCUGCAAUGGCCAUGGGUGAAGAACGAGCAGGGCGGCAGGGGGCUGCCCAUGAAGCGGUCUCCGAUACCGAGGCCGACGACGACGACGACGACUCCGCCGACCACCGCGGUCGCAACCCCUGGACAUCUGGCUCGUGCUAGCGUUUAACGCGGAUUUUUUGCCGUCGACUCCGCCGUCAGCCGCCGUCCGGUCGGUCGCUGGCCGUCGCGCAAAAAGAGACGCAAAGAGAGCACGGAUCUAGCACACAUAAUAGUCGCGCGCGUGAAUGCCCGGGUGAAUCAAUUGUACGGGCGUGAACUCUGCGAAACAGCCAAAUAUCCGGACGAUAAAUGAACAAAUAAAAGAGACGCAUGAAAACAGUCCUAGUACCGCGCGGGAAGAGGCGAGCGUCAAAUAAUCUCGUGCUCGAGACCGGCGGCGAGACAGUGUAUGUACCUGUGUAUACAUCCGCGUGUGUAUGUGUGUGCAUGCGUAUGCAUGCACCGGACGAUGCAUAUAGGUUGUCGAAAAUCCCCGGCGGUGUUCAGCACCUACCCUCCCUGCCGUUUCCCUUUCGGCGAGAGCAAAAUAAUUACAGGCGGUGAGGGAAAGCCCGAGCUACAGGCGUCAUCAAUUUUCCCUGCGGGCCGCUCUCCGGGCGAAUCUUCCGAUUCUUACGAGCGAAGUAUCCGAACUAUGUAUAUUUCGUGCACCGGCGGACUAGGGAAUAGUUGCUGACUGCUUGCAGAGAGCAAGCAGCCACAUCCAUGGCGCAGCAUUCUUGCGUACUAACGGCUCAAGCCGGCAGCGUGUCUGCAUGUAGCUGCCGCUAAAGUUCGACUAUUACGGAGGUCAAAUCGACCGAUCCGAUUAGCCGGUUAAUGUACGAAUAUUUCUCUCGAAUGCGCGUGCGAACGUUGAACGGGCGAGCGAGCGAGUGAGCGAGCGAUUCAACAGCUUUCAACAGGGCCGCGGCGAUCGUAUACGAAUAUCUCCUCAUCGGUAGCUGAGAGCUGAGUAGCUCACGCGAGUUAUCGCGUCGACUCCUCGAAA